AUGGCCGGAGAGCAGCCCAAGAAGCCGACGGGAGGAGCCUAUGGCAUCUGGCUUGGGGAGCACCGGGCGGAGUUGCAGAAGGAGGUGGGCCCCGGGAAGCCGGCGUCCGAGGUGGCGAAGCUUGCUGGAUCCCGCUACAAGGAGCUCUCUGAGGAUGUGAAGGCCGAGUGCCAGAAGAAGUUCGAGGAAGCCAAGGCCAAGUAUGAGGCGGACAUGAAAGCCUUUAUCGAUGCAGGCGGCGAGAAGAAGGGCAUCAAGAGAAAGGCAGACAAGUCCGCGAAGAAGAAGAAGGAUCCCGCGGCUCCCAAGAAGCCAGCCGGCGGUGCAUUCGGCUGCUUCCUUGCCAAGAACAGGGCAGCCUUCACUGAAGAGGUGAAGGGCCAGCCAGUCACUGCCAUCACCAAGCUGGCUUCGGACAGAUGGAAGAAGCUCGGCGAAGACGAGAAGAAGGUCUUCCAAGAAGAAUACGAGAAGAAGAAAGCCGAGUACGAAGAGGCCAAGAAGUCCUACGUGCCGCUGCCCAGCGCUGAGAACGAGGAGACCGAGAAGCCUGCCAAGAAGGCGCGGCUGUCCAAAGAGCAGAAGGAAGCGGCAAAGCAGAGCAAGGCAGCCGAGAAAGCCGAAGCAAAGCUGAAGAAGGCGGAUGAGAAGAAAGCCAAGGCGGACGCCAAGGUCAAAGCCAAGGCGAAGGCCAAAAGCAAG